GGGGCGCUUGACGCAUGCAUCACGUGCCUGGUGGGCGGGUAUAAUAAGAUGCUCCUGGUGCUGUCCGCGGUCCUGAAAACUGACGCGCAGGAGGAGGAAUCCCUUCCUGUGGAUGUAAAAGUCAAGGCUAGGAAAGAACUUUAGGGCUUACAAGAGAAGAAAACGACAGAAGGGAGACACCAGCAGGGAGGAGGCUGCGAGCGUGACAACAAGACUGACGUCCUGCGGAGUGGAUGCUGGAAUCCCCCACACUGCUCCCACGCACCUAAGUAUUCUGAUCCUGCUCUCUGGUGGCCAUCCUGAGUGUCUGUAAUGGCUUCCCGCAACACCUCAAGUGUCCUUAUCCUCCUGGUUUUCCUAACGACGGCCUUUUCCGCUGAACCCGCUGUCACUCCUGCCAGCAUGACGAUGUCAGGAGACACGGAGGAUGAGGGGAAGAUUGAAAAAAUCUCACCGAAAGGACAUGACCUCUUUGAUGACGUGGAACCCAAAACCCUCGCAGCACUUUUCCUGGAGGCGCUUAACUCGACCCGUGUCGAGAGAAGGCAGGAGGAAAAGGGUGUGGAAGAGACGGGGGCACAACGAGACCGAGACGGCAGACAGAGGCUGGAGCUGUUUAUGGCCGCCCAGGGCCAGGAGGAGGCCGAAGAGAGGAAGAAGGCCGAGGAGGAAGAAGAGAGGAUGACCGAGCGGGUGUCCAGUCGGACCAGCAGCCAGAUUCUACAGGUCCAAACGCAGCAGCCCCCCGCCACAGGGGGCCAGGAGCAAGGGGGCGGCGAGGAGGAGCAGCUCAACCCUGAGGAGUUGAGAAGCCUGGAGAGCAUGAUGAAGGAAUUUCCGCGUUUAGACGUGGCCGUAAAGCGAGCAGGGGAUUCAAAGCCAACCCAGCGGGAGAGUCGAGACUACAGCAGCUUUAACGACAUCAUCCCGCUCGGCAAGGGCAGCUUCUCCCAGAAGAAACUCAAAUGGCAAGAGGAGACGCAGAAGGCCUUGAACAUGCCAUCGUUCAGGGGCGGCAACUUCAAGGAUGACUUUGAAGGCAACAACGCCGCGACUCUGGCACAGCCUUUGCAGUCAGAGCAGAUAGAGGAGAGUGAUGAUCCAGAUGAGGAGGAGGUGUUGAGUCCAGAGGAAGAAGAGGCUCAGGCCAAGGCGGAGCAGGAGGAAAUGAGGAGGCAGGCGGCCGAGGUGCAGAGAGCCAAGAUGGAGGAGGAGAAGCUGGCCGACAUUGCAUCUGACAUGCUGCUGCGCUACAUGGUCAAGCAGAAGGGCGGCGGCGGAAAGUACGCCACUCAGGCCGACACCGCUGCGGACAAGAGGUCCGAGGAAGAGCAGGAGCAGGAUGACAUCGACCCUCAGACUAUCGACAAGCUCAUUGAGAUCUCAAGCAAGCUGCACUUGCCCGCUGACGACGUGGUAGACAUCAUCAGCGACGUGGAGAAAAAGAAGAAAAAAGAUAUGGCGCCAGAGCUUAUAACGCACUGGCAACGCCCACAAUUGCCCUCGGCUGAUUCCUUUCCUGUCUCCAAGCAACCUCCCUCGGUGGUCCAUCGCCUUAAAAGCUGGACUCAGGAGCCUUCAAAGUCCAAACAGUUCUGGAACAAUCCUAAUGAUCUCUUCCUAUGGUCCAAACCUCUCAAGUCCGUCAAGCAGGAACACUGGAUUCAAGCCCCAAGACCUCUUUGGACACGCUACCCAUCUUUUUACCAGAGGAAGCCCAGUCCAGACUAUUACCCCGUCUACUUCCGUCCUCCAAGACCAACAUUCCGGUACUUCGUCCCCAAGCCUGCUUCGGCUUUCAACACCUUCCUGCAUCGCUCCCGGGAUGGCGCUUACGGCUUACAGCCCAAGCAGCGUUACCUCAACUGGGUGCCUCCCAGAAAGCCCGUCGUCGCCCUCUACCCCAGGCGCCCCCUCUCGUUCUACCCCUUAACUGCCCCCAAACUUGGAAUCCCUCUUUACCAGUCGGCACCCAGGGGACAUUUGGACAAAUACAUCGAGCAGCUGCUCAUGAACAGGCCACAGGACUGAGAAGGUGGUGGAGUUCAGCAGGUGGAAUGUUGAGGGAAUAGGAAAUGAUUAAUUUCUAUUUGUCCCACUUCCUUUAAUUUUAUAUCCUUCAUUUGUUGUGUGGACAUUCCAAGAGGGCUCUUUGUAUUAACAACUGCGGAAUCAUCCAAAGGCUCCGUGUGGACAGUGCCUGGUAAGGAGGACAUUUCCAAGGGCCUAAGGAAUGAUGAACAGUGAAGUUUGGACUGCAGCGUGAUAAACAGCCACAAAAUAUGGAAAUAUUUUUUUUGUACUUGAAAACAAUCCUUAAGACAUCGCAAAUCUUAUUAAUAUCCUUGUCUCCCAACCGUUUCAUGCAUUUAAAAAAAUAUAAUUUUCUGUGCUUUUGGUGAGAAGCCAGUCAAUUCCCACAUACAGUAUUUGAUUGAGGGGGCGGGGAAGCAGCACAAUAAUGGCUGGGAUGACUCAUGCCUUUGUGUCACUUCAAUUACCUUGUUGCUAUAGCGCCAAAGUGUACAUUCCUGUUUUUGAAGGCUGAUCAGUCCUGCAGAGUCACGUUGGAGAAGGAAACAAAAAUCUAACUCCACAAUCAGUUUUUCUUCUUCCUUCAAGCAUCCAGGGGUCGGCAACCCACAAUGUUGAAAGAGCCAUAUUGGACCACAAAUACAAAAAAGUAAUCGGUCAGACUUAUAUAAGUGUUAUAAUGAUGGCAACACAUGAUGUAAGUGGCUAAUUAGCUAUAUUAGCCUACUAUCAAAAUCGACCAUGUGUCGCAGGCUGACGCAAAUCUUUGUUGACAGAAAUGUUGAAAUAGAAUAUUUAUUCUACACAUUUUUACAACAUUAGAAAACAUUUGUAAAACUUCUCAGAGGGUGAGAUAACUCCUCGAAACGACCAAAGGUAUAUAGAUGUGUGUGUCCAAGUUAAAGAAAAUGUCAGGCUGUCUCCUUCUAAUGGAUUUAUUACAAUCUUUGCAAGCUGGGUAACGUUUGCUGUAGUCUGGAACAACAUGGCCCACAAACAACUAUCAGAAAUGCAGCCAAUAUUACAUACAGAGAACAUGUUAAAAUAAACUAAAUUCGCACACGUAAAGGAAAUUGAAUGAGCUCAAUUAUAGCUACAAAUGAGGCAUAAUGAUGCAAUAUAUACAUACAGCUAGCCUACUUAGCAUGUUAGCAUCGAUUAGCUUGCAGUCAUGCAGUGACCAAAUAUGCCUGAUUAGCACUCAACACAAAACGAUAACAUCAACAAAGCCCACCUUUGUGCAUUCACGCACAGCAUAAAAAGUUUGGUGGACAAAAUCAGUCACAGUCCACACAACGGUGAGUUCAAGGGCCGCUGAAAUUAGUAGGACAAAACGGCGCUCGCCAAAUACUCUCAUCAGCGAAGCAUAAACACAAACGUAUCAAACAGUGGGCUUUCUAACAAUUAGGAAGGUUUGUGUCGUGUUUGUCCUCCUACAGAAACCAUAUUGCAACAAAAAACAUUUCCCCCCCCCCCCCCCCCCCCCCCCAUUUGUUUUUUAAUUUCCAUACAUUUUUUAAAAAGCUCAAUGGAGCCACAAGGGCACUGCGGGUUGCUGACCCCCGUCCUAACCCUACCCAUACAACCAGCCAUUUUCUACCGCGUGUCCCCCUCAGGGUCGCGAGGGUGCUAGAGCCUAUCCGAGCUACACCCUGGACAAGUCCCCAACCCUACCAUGUGUCUCCCAAUAGAAUACCCCACUCAGUCCAUCCACUUCACUGUGUACACUCACUGUGAAGUCGCUGAGUGUGCAAAUUGUAGUACUCUUGCAUACUUACUGGAAAUUAUCUCAAAAUGUAUCUGCUCCUUCACUCCUUUGUAAGUGUGAAGUGCCACCCCUCCCCUUGGUGGUGAAGUGACCAGUACGUGCUACACCUUUUUGCCGUACUUAGUGUAAGUGCACUCCAAAGACUAGAUGUGCGCAAAUUGAGACACAGCCUAAGACUUGGGCCCUAAGUGUAAACACAAAAGUGCCCGAAUGGGGGGACAGCCUAGGUGUAAGUGUACUCCUGUCACAAGCACUUACUUAAUUUCCGGGUAUGUGAAUCCUGACAUAGUCAAAUCGAUUUAAUGUGGAAGGUCCGCGGUGAAUUAAUAUUUCAUUAUCAAAAACUAUCUGCAUUUCUAAGUAGAAAGACGUUUACAAGCUGAUAGCUGCUGCCUUUCAGGACAAAGUGACAUUACUGUUUAUUUUUGUAUGACCUUUAUGCCAUUUAUUAUCAUAUUAUGAGGAAUGUUGGCACAUUUGUAAUAAUUUCAAAAUAUAUGAGCUCAAAGAAGGAGAAAUGACGCGAGUGUGCACGUUAAUGUGUAAUUUGCAUCUAAAGUGUCUUCUCCGAGAAGAUCACGAAGCAACAAGUAAAAAAUAAACCAAUAAAAAAAACAAAGCCUUUUAAGAUGACAGAAAUUAUGUUGUUGUACCUUGAGAUCCUUGUUUGAGUGGCGUACGCUGUUGUUGUUAUUGUUGUGAAUAAACAUGCGUUGGCUGCAUAUGCAUACGGGCGCAUGUCAGUGACUACUUUUGCUACACACAUCAAUAAAGUCAACUAC